GUAGGCUGUAGUGUUGGUGGUGAAGUAGACUGUGGUAGUGGUAGUGGUGAUGGUGGUGGGUCAUAAUAGCCGCUCCCCAUUGUUGUGAUCGUGUGUGUGAGUGUGUGUGUGUGUGUGUCAGGGAAUCACACAACCUUGUUCUUCCAUCUGACUUGAUCUUUAUCAUUUUACCGUCGCAAUGAGAAGGUGUGCACGAUGACAGACAGCUUAGGCAGCAAGAGUGACCACUCGGGUCAGUCAGUCAUUCUGGCAGGCAUCCGGGCACACAUGGAUGUUGUGUGUGUCCUGGACCUGAGUCACACAGAGCGACAGCACCAUCGUAGAAAAGCCUGGGAUGAGGUUAAAGCCAGCUGUCUUGCUGUUAAUGCCAACUGUUACCAUAUCCAGUUUGAAAAGCUUGACUUUGGUGAAACAAAUGUUCUGGACCAGUUCUAUAAUGCAGAUGUGGCCAUUGUGGACCUGUCAAUUGUUUUACAGCAGCAUUCUCUGUUCUACCAUCUUGGUGUUCGUGAAAGCUUUGACAUGAAAGAAAAUAUCCUGCUCUACAAUGAUAAUGAUUCGGAGGUCACCAUGCCACUUAAGUUUUCAUGCAGCAACUACAUUUUUAUUUCGUACCGCCUGUUGGAUUCGGGACAGUGUGUACUGACAGAUCCCAGCGCGAGAAUUGGAGCAGAUGAUAGUAUUCCUUCAGAGUCCAGAAUACUUCUUUCCACCAAACUUCGGAGACAACUACAGGAUGUUGAAAUUCAGUCAAAAGCACACAUGAAAGAGAAAUUCCUUGCGGAUCUACGCAAAGCACGGGAUGUGUACUCUGGCGAUGAGCUCAAGAAACAGUUGCAUAAUCUCCGAAGACGACUUGAUGAUCCUAAUAUUUUAUCUAUCGAUGUUGUUCUCAGUAUGUUGAUAUCAUUGAGAGAGAUCCAGGACUACGAUGCAAUGGUUCAUCUGGUUGAUGAUCUCAAGACUAUACCUAACCGUAAACUGUAUACCAGCACCCCAGCCAUCAGGUUCCUGUAUGGAUUUGCACUAAAUCGACGUAAUAUGGAAGGUGAUAGAGAGAAGGCUCUUACUGUAAUCACAAAGGCAUUAGAAAAAAAAGAGAAUGAAGUUCCAGACAUGGUGUGUCUUUGUGGUCGAAUAUAUAAGGAUAAAUUUGUUGAAUCUCAACACACAGAUAUGGAAAGUUUGCACAGUGCCAUUUAUUGGUAUAGGAAAGGAUUUGAAGUGCAACCAAAUGAAUAUGCUGGAAUCAACUUGGCUACACUUCUUGUCAUAGCUGGUAACGACUUCUCAAAAUCUGGUGAACUGCAGCAUAUAGGUAUGGUUCUAAACAAUCUUAUUGGCAAAAAAGGUUCCCUGUCAUCUUUACAAGAUUACUGGGAUGUAGCAACCUUCUUUGAGAUCAGUGUUUUAGCAGAAGACUAUGGAAAGGCUGUUCAAGCAGCUGAAUGCAUGUUCAAGUUAAAACCUCCAAAUUGGUACCUGAAAUCCACAAUUGGAAACAUCAUGCUGAUCAACCGCUUCAGGAAACGGCCUGAAGACUCUGAGCCAGGACCUGAAGAGAGAAUCUUCAACUUUUGGAUUGAUUAUUUUGUGGAAGCCACCAACACCGAGCUUGGGGACGCCAUCAGAUUUCCAAUCCUGAUAUUGGAACCAACAAGAAUGUACCAACCAAGUUAUUACUUGCCAAGUUAUGUGACUGUAAAUCUUGGGGCUGAGGAAAAGAGUAUUCAACUUUGGAACUUGUGUAUAGACCAGAUGAAAGGAAAUUGUAGACAAGUUCAUGACUGGCUCUUCAAUGCUUCCAGUAUUAAAACUAUCACACUUUAUAAGCGAGAUGAGCGAGCCGUUUUCCUAUAUGUUCAAGAAAACUCGGAUGACUUCCAAAUGUUUUUCCCUUCUGAGCAAUGCCGCCUCAUCUUUUUUCGUCUGGUGCAAGAGCUUACAGUCAACCAAAAAGGCACAGUCAUGGACCUAGAAGCUGAGAUAUCUUCAGGCCCUAUCCAGUAUGAGUAUGAACUAGAUGACAAUGGGAAGCGCAUGGUCCUGGGCAAGGGUACAUAUGGUGUUGUAUAUGCUGCCAGAGAUCUCAACACUCAAAUUAGAAUUGCUGUAAAAGAAGUACCAGAAAAAAAUAUUGGGGAAGUUCAACCACUGCAUGAAGAGAUAAAGCUUCACUCAGAGCUACGUCAUCGAAACAUCGUACAGUAUUUGGGAACAGCAUCAGAAGAUGGCUUUUUCAAGAUCUUCAUGGAACAGGUUCCAGGAGGGUCCCUAUCUGCUCUCCUGAGAUCAAAAUGGGGACCAUUGAAGGAAAAUGAAGCAACUAUUGCAUAUUAUACCAAGCAGAUCCUGGAGGGAUUGAAAUAUCUUCAUGAUCAGAAGAUUGUGCAUAGAGAUAUUAAAGGUGAUAAUGUUCUAGUCAAUACUUAUACUGGAGUGGUCAAGAUCUCAGAUUUUGGUACUUCCAAGCGGCUGGCAGGAGUUUGCUUAAGUACUGAGACCUUCACAGGAACACUGCAGUACAUGGCACCUGAAGUCAUCGAUAAAGGAGCCAGAGGAUAUGGAGCUCCGGCUGACAUUUGGUCCCUGGGUUGUACAAUAGUUGAGAUGGCAACAGGCAAACCUCCCUUCAUUGAACUUGGCUCUCCUGAGGCAGCUAUGUUUAAGGUUGGUCUUUAUAAAAUGCAUCCAGACAUACCUGAAGAACUAAGUGAAAGGGCAAGAAGUUUCAUCCUUCGAUGUUUUGAGCCAGAUCCCACAAAGAGAGCCAUGGCUGCACAACUUUUAGAAGAUCCAUUUUUAACUGAGCUGGGCAGAAAGAAAAAGGGAGUGCGACUAACCAACCAGCAGGAAUUCUCACGGAGUAUAUCUGUUCCUGCAGACCGCAAUGUAAGACUGCAUGGUGAGAAAGGUCGACUUGCAAGCUCACCAGAUGACAGCCUAGAGUUGGGGUAUGGUUAUGGGUCGCGAUGCAACACAGCUGGAAGCCCCAGUGUCUCCCCAGCCUCCCCCUCCUCAUACCUCUCGUCUCUCUCAUAUUCCAGCUCUGUUAUGACUGGUACAGACCUGGAUGAUGGCCUCAUGACAAGAAGGUCAUCAAGUGGCGGAUUGCUGUCCCCAGAAGUGGAGUCGCCACGGACAGAUGGGGAGCAAGAUGGGUUCUACCUCUUGAAAAAGGAUUCUCAGCGGCGUAUGACUCUCACACGGGUCCUUGUACAUGAUCAGCACAAAAUUACACAGAUCUGGUAUGACAGACUUCAGCAUGAAUUAGGCACUGAUAAACUCCUCAUAACUCAGGAACACCUUCUACACAUCAUGGUUGGGUUACGCGACUUUAUUCCUGAGCACAAAAAAAUAUCAAUUGAACAAGCUUUUGUUACAUUGAAACAAGAAAUUAAUUUUGAGGAGGCUCUCAACCAAAUAAAUCUUGCACUUUACAUUUUUCAAGAUGCUGUAAAUGAGGUGCUGAAAAGUCACAGCAUUAAGCCACAUUGGAUGUUCGCCCUUGACGACUUAAUACGUAGUGCUGUCCACUGCGCCAUAACAGUGUUAUCUCCAGAACAAGAUAUAUUGCUUGGUCAUGGCGAGGGAAGUGCAGGUGUACCGGCAGCUGGUCCAGAUCAACCUCGAGAUCUUGUUGAGGAAGGCAGUACUUCAGGAGUUUCCACCAUCAAUUCCACAAAGUCAGCCAAGUUACUCCAUGAUUUUCAUCACUCUAAACACUGCCAUCAUCUCCAAGAAAGUCUGCAGGCUACUAGAACAGAGAAUCUUCGGUUGCUGGAGGAGCUCUACCUGUCGGAGAAACGAUAUGGUGACCUCUUGAAAAUGUACAUCUCUGAACGUCGUGAUCAAACUCAAUAUCUAGCAGACCAGUUGGGAGUUUCAUUGCCACCUCUGCUUCUGGUUAGUAAUAAUAAAAACUUGAUGGUAAAGAGCAAGGACAGCCAAAUCAAAAAGAGUUCUUGUCAUCAAUCUUCAGAAGAAACUGCUACUGGAGAGACAGACUCAUCUGUUGGUACUAUGGAAUCUGUGUCUAGUGCUGACACUGUUAUAGCAGAGAGCAACUACCCUGAGGAUGGUGCUUCUUCAGCAUCUUCCUCACUUCAAGAGCCCCCCAUGAUCCAUGUGUCCUCCCGCAAUAUAGACAUGGAGUUGGUAAAGUGGCUGCAAUCUCUAUCAAUAGAUCGUGAUGUUAUUGAUAAGUUUCUUGCUGAAGACUACACCAAAGAGGAUGUUCUGACGUGGAUGAGACGUGAUGAUCUGCAGAAGUUAAGAAUGAGAGGAGGAGUUGAGCUACGUAUCUGGCGUAGCAUGGUGCAGCAUCGACUGGCCUUGGGUCUACCUAUCAACCCUGAAGAGCCUACUGCUGCAGCAUCCACCUCAAGGAGUAAAGCCCAAGAACCACAAUCUCGCUCUACCAAAUUAUAAAACUGUGCUCUCCAUUUGCGAUUAUUUUCCAAGUAUGAUUGUUUCUCUAGUGUCCUGUUUAUUCUAUUUUAUUUUUGUAAUUUUUUUUUAUAAUUAUUUCGUCCUAGUAAGUGGUGUUCAUGAUGUAUAGAUCACGAAUGACUACUUGUCUUUGGUUUCUUUGACUUAUUGUCUUAGUAAUACCAAUAAACUCUCGUAUUGAGUUUAAUGAUAAUUAGAUACGCUCUCAGCUUCCCGGAGGAACUACCCAAGUCUUGACAGUGUGUGUUCCAUUUCUUGUCGUACUAACUUAAACUUCACUUUAUAUGAAGUAAAAUCCAUCUCAAACUGCUUCCUUUGGUGCUAGACUUACUGAUAGUUUUAAAUAAUAUAUAUUAGAAACAUUUUCAGUGCUCCCUAACAUUGGAAAUUGUGUACCCAAUGAUGGUAGUCUUAUGAAUCUUGAUUAAGAGAAUGAUGCUUGUAAUCUGUGGUGCUGUAGUUGCCUUAUCAAAAUUAUUCUGUAGAAUAGAUAUGUAUAUAUAAUAUAUAUGUGUGUAUGUUUGUAUAUUGUUGUUUUCAUAUAUUGCUUGAUAUGAACACACUUUAUUUGCCAGGAUAGGUUGUGAAUGCACUGUGCGUUAGCUUUGGAAUGUUAUAAACCGGUAGUUAUUAAUACUGAUUUUCAUCAUGUAAAUAUUUUUAGCCUAUACCCUUAAGCCAGGCAGCUCUUAUAAUACAGGCUUCUUACUGGGAGAUUGGGGCCUUACUCACUCCAGUAAUACAAGGUGUUGCUAUGUUUUGUCCCUCACCAUCAGCAUCAAAUGUGGGGGUAUUUGGUGCAACAGUUGCUAUCUGGAGGCCAGAAGGUCCUCUUUGAGUAAUGUUCUUCCAAUCAUCACAGCUCAUGCCAAGGCUACUGUCACUCAUCUUUGAAUUGAAGGUCAGUCCACCAUUUUGAAAUUUAGUCCUUAGCAGACUGGCUCUGAGAGCAAAUGCAUCAAAUCAGCUCACCCCAUAUCACUUAUUUACUGCAAAAGGUGAGCAUCAAACUCCUUUGUAAAACAUCAGGGAUGAUUGACAGGGACUUCUACUACCUUUUCUCUUCCACACUUGGGCUGGAAAAUGAAAACUCUGCCUACCCUUUGGGUUCCAGAUAUUUGAGAGUUGGACAUUUUACAGGAUUUACUUUUUAAGAGGGAACUUAAUACAAACAUUGAAAUGUAAUACCUGUAAUUCACUUUUCUUGUGUUUUCAUGUCCCUAAGACAACUUGUUGAAUCCAUUUGGAGAAUGAGUCUGUUCUGAAUCAUAUCGAUGACUAAGGACCAGCAGGUGAUUUUGAAUUAAGUUAGCCAUGUACAUGAGAUUUAGGAAGCUUUUGACCUUAUGUUUGGACAAGAUAUAUUUCCUGUGCAAAAAUCAUUCAAAUCUACAAUUGCUUAGAGGAUCUUCAUAUAAUUUUCAGGUGUCAGGUUAGAUCUGAUCUGUAGAAUAUUUUUUUUAUUUUCUACAUGGAUGACUGGUUGAUUUUGAGUUCAUUCUGUGAAAUAGUGAGUCAAGAUACUCAGAAAGUGCAAAUUUUUCAAGAUGGAACAGAUUUCUAGUUAACUUUCUCAUAGGGAAAUUUUUAAGUAUUUAAGUUUACAAUGGAUACUUAAGGAAGGGUUGGAGAGUUUCCUCAUAGGUUUGCUGUGAUGAUUCUCUUGUUGGGAUUGGUACUACUUGAGUUUAACCAGUUUAUGAAGGCUUCCCUUGCUUUAAAUGAGGCUUGUGUAAAUGAAUUGACAGAUAAGCUAUUUACUUUUUACUGUACUGUACCACCAAUUUUUUUUAGAUGUAUAAGGUGUGGCUUGCAUCGAACAAAUUGAGGGAGAUCAUGGUGUAUAUUCCCUGUGGUUGAGGUGCAUGUGAUUGCAGGUCUCAGAGAAUCAGGAGGUGCAGCCUGACUGAUGUCAAUGCACAUGUGGCAUUUACAGUUGAAGUCUCCUUUUCCCUCUUUCAGUUUAUAUGUGUUAUGUUUAUUUGGGAUCAGGGCACAUCUGAAAUAUUCUGCAAAUGUUCUUACAAUUAAAGAAUUCCCUUGAAUAAACCUUGAAAGACAUUUAAUCGGGAAACCAAGUCGCAUAUAUUUAGACACAUUGAUUGUGGCAGAAGAGCCACAUUAAUUGGCUGUGCGAUUAACAUCAGAAAGUUAAGUGUUAGCUCAAUUCAGAGGAAUUUUCACAUGCUUGAAAGUUGAGGGGCUCAGUCACCUUCACUAUCAGUAAAGAUUACAAGCAGAGUGAAAAACAUAUUUAUAGAAAUUAUAGGAGAAAAUGUACCUGUACAGUAUUACCUGGUACUUGUGCAGUCUUAAUGUAUACGUACAGUACACUGUAGUAUUUUUUGUUUCUCCUUAAUGAGAAUAUUGGGUUUUAGGGAGGAUGUCUGGAACAUUACCAUAUUUAUAAUUGAAAAAUUUGGUUCACUAAAUUAAUUCACAAUAAAUUAGCUUUUCUAGAAUCGCCCCCUCUUUUACAUCAAGGGAUGGGUAUACAAGGUACAGGUGGCCUGACUCCAAAUAAGGCAUUUUGUUGCAUUAAAAUGGUAGAGAAAUAGAGAUUGGAGAUCUUGUAACACUCUUUGGUGUAGGAUAGUUAGGUGUGGACAUGUGUGUCAUUCUUUAAUUAUUUAUUUAUUUUUUUUGUUUUUUUUUGUCCCCAACAAGAUGUUUCAUCUUUUAAACUUUAUACUCCACUUUAAGGAAUUGGAAUUCAUCUUUCCUUCUUCUGCUAUGAGGGGGAAUUAAGUCAUGGGAUUUUUGUUUUUCCCUUCCUGUAUGUCUCUUCUCCAGGUGAAAUUAUGUUAUAUUUGUUGUACUGUUGGCCUUAGUUCCAAUUAAAAAAUGUUCAGCUGGCACUGUUGAGGAAUGUUGAAACUUCAGGUGUGGAGGAGACUGGACAAAAGCAAUCUCAGACUUGUUAGAUAAUAUGUACAGUAUUUAUAAUGUCAUUUAUUGCCCCUCUGACAUUACUGUGGUUUGGGAUGGGUUAUGUUAACUUUUAAAGAUACAGAGUACCUAGUUUUUCUUUACAGUACUAAUGCUUUGGUAACAUAGAACUUGAGGUUAUGGUGAAGCUUCAUAUGUUUCAUAUAACUAGUCUUGAUAGCUCCGUUCUCACCCAGCAGGAAAUAGUUUCUUCUUCUGUCACUUUCCUCCAAGCCUAUUUUUAUAUCUAUUCCUUUUCCUGGUACAGGGGUCCUCGUUAUACAUUGUACCAAUAUACAGUUUGUCAUUUCACAUAUACGUCACGAACAAAUAGAGGAAGAAAUUUUCAUUAUACGUCAUUGUUUCAUAUAUACGUCAUCUGCAUCAUCCACUGUUUUAUGCUAAGUCUGUGUGUAUCCAAAUAUAAAGCAUAAAUAGUGUUAAAACAUCUAAUAUAAUGUAAAAAUAACCAUAAUAAGUAAUAAAAGUGGCUUACAAGA